AUGUUAAUGUUCGAGUGAAGCAACGUGUGUGUCUGUCAGGGUUUAUGCUAUGCUAUUUGUAUCAUCACUAUCACCACCAUUCAACAGCAAGCAAUAACAAAUAGCAUAACUGCCUCAAACAUACACACACAGUUUCAGGAACAUGUCAUCUUCUGAGAAGAUGAAGAAUGAUGACAAUGGAGAUUCCAAUUCCAAUUCCAAGUCCAGCUCGAGAAUCACCUGGGAAGGUUGCAGCGUCUUGCUCGACAUCAACGACUCUGAUCGUCUCGUUUUCGCUCGUCUCUCUCCUUCUGCGAAAUUGAAGAUUGGGAAUAAGAAUUGCUCUCUGCAACCGUUGAUCGGUUGUCCCUUCGGCACUGUUUUUCAAGUCGAGACUUCUCCCAAUGGACCUUUUCUAUGUCCUUCACAAGGCAAUGUUAGUAAUAACACUGAAGAAACCGGAGAUGGUCAAAUCAAUGUUGAUUCGAGGGACAACCGGGCAUUGGUUGACAAUAAUUCAGCACAAACCUUGACUGGUGAUGAUAUAGAAGCCAUGCGAAGGCAGGGUGCAGGAGGUAAUGAAAUAAUCGAAGCUCUCAUUGCCAACAGUGCAACAUUUGAAAAGAAAACAUCAUUCUCACAGGAGAAAUAUAGACUUAAGAAGCAGAAGAAAUAUGCACCAAAAGUACUCAUAAGGCGUCCUGUUGCUCGAAGUAUAUGCGAGGCCUAUUUCAAGAAGUAUCCAUCUAAAAUUGGAUUCAUGCGGGUGGACACAUUAUCCCUUCUGCUUUCCAUGGCUAAUGUUUCAUCAGAUUCUGACAUUCUCGUAGUUGAUAUGGUUGGUGGCCUUCUUACUGGUGCUGUGGCAGAACGUCUUGGAGGUACUGGUUAUGUAUGUAACUCAUAUCUUGGACAGGCACCACAUACCAUGGAUAUUGUGAGGAUAUUUAAUUUAAGUGAUGAAAUCUGCAAGAGAAUUUUAAGGUGUCCCCUAUCUGAUUUGUUGUCACAAAAAGAAUCACCUGAACAAAAUCUGCAACAUAAUGAUGUCUCCAAUGUGGAAUGCCAGUCAAAUGAUCCAAUCUGUGCACCAGUCAACAUGGAAGAAAUCUCUCAAUCAUUAGAAAAUGAAAUUUCUAAUCUUGGUGCUGAUAAUGCCAUCACUCCUGCUACAAAAGUUGGCAAAGCUACAAAGGCUGGAGACAAGGCACCGCAAGAAAUCAUUGACUUGUGGAAGGAAAAUGGUUUUUCAAGCCUAAUUAUUGCUGCACCAGAGUUGGAUACUUGGACGUUGGUUAGAGACCUCUUUCCUCUUUUAUCGAACUCUGCUCCAUUUGCUAUUUAUCACCAACAUCUUCAGCCUCUUGCAACUUGCAUGCACAAUCUACAGCUUGAGAAAAUGGCCGUUGGAUUGCAACUUUCAGAGCCUUGGCUACGUGAAUACCAGGUGCUUCCAUCAAGAACUCACCCGUGCAUGCAAAUGAGCGCAUUUGGGGGCUACAUUCUGAGUGGAACUAAGAUAUGUGAGUAAUGUGACAACUGAUUCCAGCUCCACAGUUCCACAAUAGUUUUGGUUUAUGCACACUAGUUGCCAUCAAGCCUUUUAACUAACCGCAACUUUUCUUUUUCGCGGUUUGUAAACUUGUAAUUUAAUGUUUGUACUUUAUAGCUUUUCCAUUUCAUUUCAUUUUCACCUAAAAUCUCAUAAUGGGUCAAUCUGUCUCAGCGGAGUCUAAGAUACAUAUGUUUUUAUCACCUGUACCGGUGCUUUUGAAAAUUUUGGGGUAAAAUUAUGCACAUGCCCUGUCUUGAUCAGACAGCCUCAUUUUCAGUUCCUUUA